UGUUGAAUUUGUGUUUUAUGAAUCCUUCAGAGAAAGUCCAAGAUUUCCUCAGGACGUCGGCUUGGGUUGAAGAUUAAGAUGCUAAACACAGCCCAGGAGAUGCUCAAAGUAGAGAAGGAAGAAAGGAAGAAAGAGAGAGAGGUCACACUGAGUGAGAGGGUUCCGCCACUGAAGCUCUCAGGUCUGUCUGUCCAGGAACUGCAGGAUCUUUGCAGAGAGCUCCAUCAGAAGAUUGAUGUCAUUGAUGAGGAGCGCUAUGACAUUGCAGUUAAGGUGUCCAAAAAUGACAAAGAGAUACAGGAAAUGACCCAGAAGAUCACUGAGAUGAAGAGCAAGAUGAAGAGGCCUGUGCUGAAGAGAGUGAGGAUCUCAGCCGAGGCUAUGCUCAGUGUCCUCCUGGGUUCCAAACACAAAGAGUCCUUCGACUUCAAAGCCAAUCUGAAAACAGUGAAGAAGGAGGAGGAGAAGAAAGAGGAGGUGACUGACUGGCGUAAGAACGUGGAGGCCAUGUCUGGUAUGGAAGGCAGGAAGAAGCUGUUCGAUGCUGGUCAAUAAAAGGUCACUGAUGAACUCGAUAUGUGGUGGCAACUACUAACUGAGAGCUACAUGACGGCGAUAGAAAAAAAUCUGCUGAAAGGUUUAAUCAAAAUUAGAGACUGAAGAACUUAAGUACUGACUUCUAUUGUGAUGUGAAACAUUAUGAAUAUUUUUUCUUACCUUAUUUUCUAAGGCACGCUUUAAGAGAAUAGAAUGGUUGCAUAAUUAUGUGUAUAAUUCCAGCAUUAAGUGUAGGAAUUGUAUAUAUAGACCUAUUAAAAGUAGACAUUCAUAUGUGUGUUUCAUUAGAGCAUCUGAUAUUGUUGUACUCUUUGAAAACUAGACACUGCAGUUCCUGUUUCAACCUAGUGAUGGUAUCCUAAUCCCACUGAGCAAAUCCAGCAGCAGGUUACAGUCUGGGGUCUAUCACUGUUCUGUUAAGAAGCUAAAAUUGAACAAGUUGAACAUUUAAUUUUGUUACAAAUUGUAAUACUUCGCAUAUAAUUGAAUUUAAUGUUUGAGCCUAAAGUGAAUUGCGUAACUAACCUUGCAAUUAAAAUCUCCUGCUUUUA